AUGGUAGGAUUCGCCAGCUGGCGCGUGAAAGCCGGGGGUGAGGACGAGGAGGUUGAAGGGACGGCCAGCCUACGUGCGAACACCGGUGGCAUGGGUUCCACAGCACUGGACAGUGUGCGAGUGAACACCGGUGGUGCGGAGGUCGGUGUUGGAGGGCGGGCCAGUUGCCGGAUGAAUGCCGGUGGCGAAGCGUCGGCAGGUGCGAGCGUUCGCAUGAAUACCGGCUGUGACGACGUCGGUUUGGACUCGACGGUGAGCCCUCGUGUGAAAGCCGGUGGUGGGCCUGGGACGGUCAAGGAUGCCAACGGCGACUCGAGUGUGCGGGUGAAUACCGGCUGCGAAGAGGAUGUCGUCGACGGAAUGGCAAGCCUUCGGCUGAAUACCGGAGGAGACGGUUUGGCAGUCACGGGCAUGGCUCUGCCCUCCGGGGGGGUAAAUGGCUUUGAUGGGGCGGUCGAGGAAGACGACACUGGUUCGAGUGUCCGCGUGAACACCGGCGGCGAUGUGGAAAGGGUUGUCAAAGGUCGCGCCAGUGUCCGGGAGAAGACUGGCGCAGCGACCGAGGCGGAUUCCGGCGGUACUGGGCGGUCAUCACUCCUGAGUGAAGUGUCCAGUUGGCCCAAUCCACCGAAGAACCCAGGUAUCAUGCAUGUGACCUCCUGUGGGGGCGUAAAGGGGUCUACUAACCCGCCAUACAGGUCAGAAAGCCGCUUGCCACUCUGGAAACCUAAGGCCCAAGGUGAUGUAGCGGUCGAGGAAGACGACGGUGGUUCGAGUGUCCGCGUGAACACCGGCGGCGAUGUGGAAAGGACUGUCAAGGGAGGCACCAGUGUCCGGGAGAAGACUGCCGGUGGAGAGGGGCCAGUCAAGACGGCAGGGCGGAUUGGGGGGAGUACCGGUGAUACCGAGUGGCGAUCAGUCUGGUCGGAAGUGGCCGGUACUAGGACUUACAUGAGGGUGGUGGUCCAAGAUGGCAAAGAGGACUUCUAUGCGAUGUCUUCGUGCUGUUUCGCUCGAGAAAACCGUCAACCCUUCCAAAAGGUUCUUCAGAAAUCCUACAGCGAUAGCAAGCCCAGACAAGACGGAGGCUUCUUGAUCUUCAUCCCCACGCUGAUAUUUGCGCACUAUCCAGUCGGUGCGAGUCUGGCGCACCGACACUUCCACCGUGUGAGCGAUCCGGAUCGCAGUGCGCAUGGCGAUCUCGAACGUGGAGGGGCGGGUGAGGCGGUCGGUAUGACGCAUCACGAUAGCGACGACUGCGUCGAUCAACUCGUCGUUGAGGUCACGGUCGUCCGUGGUCAGAUGCGAGAAGAGGUCGCACCAUGGGUGCAGCAACGCCGGCAGGUCGAGCAUUCGGGCAGUCUGUACUUUGACGACCGCUCUGUCAACUUCUUCUUGUCGUCCAACUUCGCUGAGCCACUCCAGUCCACGCUCGACAUUGGACCGAACCGUAUGGACGUUGCGCAGACGUCGCCACAAGUCCAAGAGCCAGAAUGGUCUUCCGCGGCGACCGGUGGGGUGCUUGAAUACGAGAGCGGGCUCCCGGCAGCCCACGGCCGUGGGGCCACCCCAGAGCAAAACUGCCGGCUGAGAAGCUGGCGGACAGUCAUCGCGUCUGAGGGGAUUAACUGUUGGGUCAACUUCUUUGGCGCUUUCUUUGUCUCCCAGUUUGCGAAGGACACGUCGAGGAUGUCCUCGUACUGGGUGUUGAUUUCAGCAUCUGCAACCGAGACCAAGCUCGGGCACGAGAAUAUGAAGAACUGGUACAAUAUGUUCUUCGCUGCGCUCGACAAGGCCUACGACUUCCAGGCGCAGUUCAAGUUAAACACCUGGCCGCGCUACACCCUCGGCGCCUUCUACGAGUACGAAAAAUCCCGGCACGUCGCUGGAUACGCCGGGUCUCCAUUCGAGAUCGUACCCAUUGCCGACACCGCGGCUGCUCAGAAGGCUGGGUACAAUUUCGACUUGCACAUAGUCGGUAAUGACCACGGCCAGAUUGGACUCUUGCCGGAGCAGGACGUCGACCUUAGUUGGUGUGACAUCGGUUUGAGUAGAAGCCACAGUGACAGACUCACAGUCGACGGGGAUGGAGCUAACAAGUCAAGCACCACGAAGUCCGGAGCUGCGAAGAGCACCGAGGGUACGAAGAGUGCCGGGGUUCCGAAGAUUGCCGAUGCUACCGAGAACACCGGUAGUUCAAAGACUACCGGUACUACGAAGAGUGCCGCUUCUCCGACGGCUUCCGGUGCUACGACGACGGACGUGAGUUCCAAGACCGCAAAACCUGCGAAGGGGGCGCGCAAGAGGUUUAACCCGAGGAUGUCACGGCCCAUCAAAAAGCCUGCUGAACCGGCAAAGCCUGCCCGUCGUCAGCUGACCAAAGACAAGAAAGGCAAGGGUCGGGCGACAACGGUAGAGGUGACUACCGAUGACGAUGUCAGCAACGAAGAAGAAGAAGACGACGAGAGCGAGGAGGAAACCCCUCUCCAAGAUGUACGAAAGACACGUUCGAUCACCAAGAAGGCAGUGUCUUUUGCGACCCCCACGACGCCACCGCUGUCCAAGACGAGGCGGGCGACAUCAGCGGCACCGGAGCCGCCAAAGAGGACCACCGCUACGCCGAAGAAGAGGGCGAGGAGCCAGAGUCGUGAUGUGACGAGGACUGCCGGGACGAAUUCCGGUGAUGAAGACAACGCUCCGUCCGGCGGUGGUAGCGGCAAGACCACCACCAAGAAGCCAGUGAAGCGAGUCCUCCGACCCGCUCAUCCCGACCAUGUCGCGCCGGAGAAGAACUUCGACCCGUUGCCCGACCACAAAGGCCGGAUCCCGGUCUAUGUGAUUCGAAAGGACGGA